AUGGGAGCGGUGAUGGGAAAACCCUAUCACCAACCACAUGCUGCGUCCUCAGCCUCAAACCACUUGUUUGUUCUUCUGCAUGUUAGGCCCGGUCUCUCAGGAAAGUCUAUAUGCUGUUUGGAAGUUACUAACAAACAGUAUAAAUACAAGCCUCUUCCUGACAUUAAAUUUCAGCCUUCGUCACAUACUCUGCAGUCAUGAGGAGCCUGCUGGUGCUGACGCUUCUGGUAGCUGGCGGUAAGACGGAUUCACUCUUCUCACCGAGGAACCUUAAAUGUAUUUGCUGUAAUACAGUCCAGAUAAUUAGCUCCAAACAAGUCUUUUAGAGGGUGAUAAUAAUCAUUGUCCAUGCUGUCCUAUAAGUAAUCAAAAACUGGCAAGUGGAUGAAAGAGUACUAAAAAUCUGUACUCACAAGUAAAAGUACUGGUGUUAAAAUAAUACUUAAGCAAAUGUAUAAAGUAUUCUUCUCAAACAUUACCUGGUGGAGUAUUAGUUACUUUAGUAGCCUGGAAAAGGUGGAUCUUUAAUGCAUAGUCAUUGUCAAAUAGCUCCCAACUCCUGCUCUGUUCUGUUCAGAGGUCACCUCUCCUGUGCCUGCUGCAGAGGAGAGCCUUACUGGCUACAAAAAAGCAGAGGAAAGCUUUAGUUAUGAAUUGAAAUUGCAUACAUUAUAGCAGUCCUGUCAGAUCUAAGCAUUGGAAUCUGUAAGGAGCAAAAGGUGUUGGAACAUCUCUCUUCACAACAUGCGUUAUCAUUUCGUCCCAGCCUGUGGAUGUGGCCUCCCCACUUUCCCUCCUGUGCUGAGCAGAGUGGUGGCGGGAGAGGACGUCAGGCCUCACAGCUGGCCCUGGCAGGUGAGGUCUGCUCCUCAGACAGAAGGAGUGUCACCUAUCUUUACAAUUUUACUCUCUGAUUCUGAUCCAGGAACAGGUAUAUAUAGAGGGAUGAUGAGGGAUGAACUGGAUUUGUGGGGUGUUGGAGAGACAUUUCGUUGUGUAGUAAUGCACCCUUGUCUUCUGCUGGGCUCCUCUCAGAUCUCGCUCCAGUCAGACAGCAGUGGGCGCUGGCAGCACAUCUGUGGAGGCACCCUCAUCUCUUCUGAAUGGGUCCUCACUGCUGCACACUGCAUCAAUGACCGCUACAACUACAGAGUGGAGCUGGGUAAACACAGCCUGAAGACUAGCGAGGAGGGCUCGGUCGCCCUGAGGGCAGCUGCAAUCAUCUCUCAUGAGGACUACAACAUCCUGCUCAGCCGUAACGACAUUGCCCUGAUCAAACUGUCUUCCUCCGUCACCUUCUCGGACACCAUCAUGCCCGCCUGCCUCCCAGACAGGGGCGUCGUCCUGCCCCACAGUGCACCCUGCUAUGUCACCGGCUGGGGUCGACUCUCUACUGGUGGCGCUCUGGCUGACGUCCUGCAGCAGGCUCUCCUGCCAGUGGUUGGCCACGACAUCUGCUCACAGCCUGACUGGUGGAGCGUCCUGGCCACAGACAAGAUGGUCUGUGCCGGAGGCGACGGCGUCACCGCUGGGUGUAAUGGAGACUCUGGUGGCCCCCUGAAUUGUCAGAACCCUGAUGGCUUCUGGGACGUCCACGGUGUGGUGAGCUUCGGUUCUGGUCAGGGCUGUAACGUUCUCCAGAAGCCCACUGUCUUUACACAAGUCAGCUCCUACAUCGACUGGAUGAACACAGUUAUGGCCAACUACUGAAGAGGCUGUUAAAGUGCUUUCUAUGUCUGUGUCUGUCACUAUCCACCUGUAUCUGUUUCAGAGAUCCGGUGAGAUCCAAAAUAAAAACAAAAAACAAA